AUGCCUCACCAGCCGGUUCACACCGGAGAGAGGCCAUUCACCUGCUCGGACUGUGGGAAGGGAUUCACUUGCUCAUCUAAACUGAAGGUACAUCAGCGAGUUCACACUGGAGAGAGGCCAUUCACCUGCUCAGUCUGUGGGAAGGGAUUCACUUGCUCAUCUAACCUGAAGGUACAUCAGAGAGUUCACACUGGAGAGAGGCCGUUCACCUGCUCAAACUGUGGGAAGGGAUUCACUUGCUCAUCUGAACUACUGAGACACCAGUCAGUUCACACAGGGGAGAGGCCAUUCACUUGCUCAGAAUGUGGGAAGGGAUUCAUUCAGUCAUAUCAGCUGCUGAGACACCAGUCAGUUCAUACCGGGGAGAGGCCAUUAACAUGUUCAGUCUGUGGGAAAAGAUUCCCUUUGUCAUCUCAACUACGGAGACACCAGUCAGUUCACACUGGGGAGAGGCCGUUCACCUGCUCAGACUGUGGGAAGGGAUUCACUCAGUCAUCCGAUCUGAAGAUACAUCAGCGAGUUCACACAGGGGAGAGGCCAUUCACCUGCUCAGACUGUGGGAAAAGAUUCACUACGUCAUCACAACUUAAGGUACAUCAGCGAGUUCACACUGGGGAG